UGAUGGCAUUGAUAUUGAAAAAUGCUGUACUUUGACUACAAAAAGAUACCUACAUAAAACCUCAUGUUUUAUAAUCUAUAAUACCGUUAUAAAGAAUUCUCUGCCGGAAACAUGUAAUAGAAAAGGUAGAAACUCGCAGACACGCAUCCAAUUUCACAUGUAGGGAGAAGAUGAAAGAGCUACCUAAUACGUCGUUCGAUUAUUACACAUUACCGAAUAAGAUCUCGUGUGGUAUACUUGGGAUAUGGCCUAUCGAUGAGGGAAGUUCGACAUUUAGCAAAAUAUUCACAUACUGCCGCGUAAUAGUUGCAAUAACGGCACUCAAUAGUGUCUUUGUGCCCGAAAUUAUGGCGAUAGCAGUAAAUUGGGGUGACAUACAGAUUCUAACAGGAAUAGGAUGUGUUUUAACAUCAGUCGGACAAGUAUUAUACAAAAUAAUUUACUUAGUAGCGAGAAGAGAGAAAGCACAUGAGCUUUAUAAUGAAAUACGAAGUCUAUGGGAUGCUACCGAUGAUCCCAAUGAAAAGAAAUCUUACCAACAAAUCGCUUAUUGGGCUCGAACUGUUACAAUAACUUUUUAUGCAUGCGUCUUGUGCAAUGUGAUCUUUUUCACAACGUCUGCAAUUAUCGAUUAUUUAUGUAAUGACAAUCGACAUUUACCUUUUGACGUCUGGUACGGAACAGACAUCUCAGCUUCUCCCAAAUUCGAAAUCGCCUUCUUUUGUCAACUGUUGGCAUGCAUCGUGGGAAUUUCAGCGAUCACUGGUGUAGACUGUACAUUUAUGACCAUAAUUUUACACGUGGCUGGACAGUUUAAACUAAUCAAAACCUGGAUCAACAAAAUUGGAAAUGAAAUCAAUCGCGAGUCCGUUCAUUUAGAUAAGUUUGAAAUGGACCUGUUUAAGUGCAUUCGCCAUCACCAGCGGAUCAUACAUGUGGUGGACGAUAUAAAUAAUUUAUUAACUCCCAUCCUUUUCAUGCAACUUCUUACGAGUGGAAUAGAAAUUUGUUUAAGUGGAUACGCAAUGCUCGAUAACGGUGCAGCAGUUAUCGAUAUAAUGAAAUUUACAACCCAUUUUAUAUCCAUGGCGGUAGAACUCCUUUUAUGGUGUUGGCCCGGUGAAAUUCUUGUCCAUGAAAGUGAAGAAAUAGGGCAGGUAAUUUAUUUCAAUAUACCGUGGUACAAUUUACCACCAAUUUACAGGAGACAUCUUUGCUUCGUGAUAGUUAGAGCGCAACAAUAUUGCAGUAUCACGGCAUUAACAUUCAAAGUAUUAUCUAUUCACACGUUAACAAGCGUGUUCAACACAGCUGCUUCAUAUUUUACAUUGUUGCGAAAAAUGCAAGAUUAAAUUUCAAUGAAAGUAUAAUUACAAUGUACGAUAUUA